AUGGCACCUCCUUCAUCAGACUUAAGAAAGAUUGGCUUAGAAGGUUUUGAUUUAAUAGAAAAAUUCUAUGGUCCAACAAGAAGGAGCAACAUGGAAGACCUUGCUUCUGGAGCAACCAAAGAUUCAACGAUUCACUUUGUUGGGAUAUCGAAUGUAAGUUACCCUAAGGGAAAGUUACCUCUAAAUCGUUGGGGUAGGCCUAUUAAAUUUUAA